GGUGGAGCUGUGCGGCCGCUUCCCAGCUGGACUGAAGGGGUUUGCGUAUCCUCCCUCGUCGGCCCUGAGAGCGCGAGGCCUGCCCUUCGCCGAACAGCGUUAGGGAGUUGCUCGGAGUUCUCGUCGGUCUCCCAGACUCGCUUUCCUUCCCCUCUAGAAGCUGAGCCUUCUGGCCCCUUGCUGCGCAGUGUACGGCCGCCUGGAAGCCCGGAUCCGAGUGUCCGCCAGUAGCCGGAAGUGCCGCCCGCAGGCCGAGGGGCGGCUCCGGGGCUGCCGGAGGGAAGAAUUAAGUGUUGUGAAUAUUUCUGGACUAGAGACCUUUUGGAGCAAAAAAAUAAAUCAGUCAAGUCUUUUAUGUUAUGAAUGCUGUCUGCCUUGAGAAAUCAGAUUCUCAGGACCAUGAGAGGAAUGCUGCUUUUUCUUUUGUCUAGAUUCUGGGUUUGGAUAUACAAAGUAAGGAAUUCAUGUAUGUGACACUGGAAACGCGUGGAGGACUGUGCAUGACUGAAAGGCUUGAAACAGAUGUGUCUUCCCCAUUCUCAACAAGAAAAUGACUACAAAGGCAAUAAUGGGUCAGAAAGACCAUCGGAAAACUCCCUAAGAAAGAGCCAUAGAAAAUGUACACUUCAGAAGAGAGAUGUAAUCAGAGAACUCAAAAAAAGAACAUAUAUCAUGUAUGCCCUCAGAAGUAAAAAGAUUUUUAUUCAUGUGCAUGAGAUUACUCAAAUAGAUAAUCAAAUAUACCAGUGCCUUGAACGUGAACAAAACUUCUGUGAAAACUUAGCUCUUAUUAUGUGUGAGAGAACCCAUACAGGGGAGAAACCUUAUAGAUGUGAUAUGUGUGAGAAAACCUUCAUCCAAAGCUCAGAUCUUAUUUCACACCAGAAGAUUCACAAUUAUGAGAAACCAUAUAAAUGUAGCAAAUGUGAGAAGAGCUUUUGGCACCACUUAGCCCUUUCAGGACACCAGAGAACACAUGCAGGUAAAAAAUUCUAUACAUGUGACAUUUGUGGCAAGAAUUUUGGUCAGAGCUCUGAUCUGCUUGUCCACCAGCGAAGCCAUACAGGCGAGAAACCUUAUCUGUGUAGUGAGUGUGAUAAAUGCUUCAGUCGAAGUACAAACCUCAUAAGGCACCGAAGAACUCACACAGGUGAAAAACCAUUUAAGUGUCUGGAGUGUGAAAAAGCUUUUAGUGGGAAAUCUGAUCUCAUUAGCCACCAGAGAACUCACACUGGUGAAAGGCCCUACAAAUGUAAUAAGUGUGAGAAAAGUUACCGACACCGCUCAGCCUUCAUUGUACAUAAAAGAGUUCAUACUGGGGAGAAGCCCUAUAAGUGUGGUGCCUGUGAAAAAUGCUUUGGCCAGAAGUCAGACCUUAUUGUGCACCAGAGAGUUCAUACAGGUGAGAAGCCGUAUAAAUGCUUGGAAUGCAUGAGAAGUUUUACUCGGAGUGCCAACCUAAUAAGACACCAGGCCACUCAUACUCACACUUUUAAAUGCCUUGAAUAUGAGAAAAGUUUCAACUGUAGCUCAGACCUUAUUGUCCAUCAGAGAAUUCACAUGGAAGAGAAACCACAUCAGUGGUCUACAUGUGAAAGUGGCUUCCUCCUUGGUAUGGACUUUGUUGCCCAACAGAAAAUGAGAACUGAAACAGAGGACCUGCAUUAUAAAUACAGUGUAUGUGAUAAAAACUUCCACCAGAGCUCUGCCCUUCUUGAACAUCAGACAGUACACAUUGGUGAAAAACCAUAUAUCUGUAACGUGGGUGAGAAAGGUCUGGAGCUCAGCCAUCCGCAUGCCUUGGAGGCCUCACAUAUGUCUUGACCACACAAGAAGUUUUACUAUAAAAAAUGUAUUUACACGUCAAGGAACUCAUUAAGAUGAAUACUAAGUAAAUCUCAGACUUUGAUGAGAGCUCAGACUUCAGUGGGGACCAGACAGCCUGCCGUAUUAGGAAGUGUGAGAAGUGCUUUAUUACCCAGAGUUGUGCUGCCAAACACCUUACCAUUCACUCCAAGGAGAAACUGCAGGUGUCUUGAGUGUUGGCAAAUCUAGUGUGAGCUCAAAUUUGGUCACUCACAAGAGGAUACAGGUAGGAAAUCUUUCACCUGUAAUGGGUUUGAGAGCUUUCAGCCCUCCUCAUUGCAAGAGAAUUCACCCCAGAGAACAACUUUUUAAAUGCCUUCAGUGUCAACAGGAUGUACAUCUCAUUGGACACCAGAAAAACCCAUCCUGGGGAAAAGCCCCAGCAAGUGUGGGAAAAAACCUAACAAAACUCUGACUUUCAUACCCAUCAGAGAAGCCAUACUGGUGAAAAAUUGUACAUAUGUCCUGAGUGCGGCAAAAACAUUAGUUGGAGAGCCUUACUUGGGUUUGUACUAAAAAAAAAAGCAAAAACCAGUCUGAGGAAAGACCCUACAGGUGUUUUAAGAAAGCGUGUCAAUGAUCAGUUCUUGGAGUACAUAAGGGAACUCACAUGAGUGAAAAACCCAUAAAUACCUUGAGUCUGAAAAAAGGUUUGCUAGAAGCUUUUGCUUUUAUUAGGCCCCAAAGAACCCAUUCUACCAAGAAGUCUGUGCCAAGUGAGAGAUCUAAUUAUGAGUGAACUAUCUAUGUAUAUAUACAUGAGAAGAAUUGUUCUCAUUGUUAGUUGACCCAUACUGUAGUGAUAACUUCAAAUGGAGUCAGUAUGGAAAUAGUUUUCUAGAUCCCAGAAGCUUGUGGGAGAAGCUAGGGCAGGUCAGAGUAGACCUGAUGGGUAACUCAGGUGAAGAUGCUUUUCUUUUGUCUGAACCACUUAAUAAUUGCUUUAAUUUCACUUUCAUCAGACAUCCAGUAAACAAAGGGACUCAUAUCUUGGGAUAGAAGAUGCAGCAUGUGUUACUUCGGGGGAAAGAAGUAUGUUGAUUUUGCCUCAUGAUCUUUUAUCCUUGUCUAGAAUGGGCCUAGUGUAUUGGUACUGGCAUGGGAGAUUUUUGCAGGCUGUGAAAGGAAUUGAGAAGCUAGGGAGCACUUAUUCUAGGUUAAAACACUCCCAACAGUUACAUAAUAGGUCAGCUUCAUGAAAAGCAGAGUACUCAUCUUUUAACUGUUCACAGUUUGAGGUAUACCCUCAAAAUCCCUGAAAUAUCUUAGUUUUUAUUGAUAUUUGAAAUUUCACAUUUAUGGAUUUCUUAUCAACUUAAAAUCCAAAUUCUAGGAUAAUGGUUAUGCUAUUAUUAGUAUCUAUAUUUUUGUGACUUGAUUUAUCAUCCCAGUGGUAGAUCCUCGUACUUGGCUCUAGCAGAAUGGCCAGGGGAAGGCUGAAAGGAAAGUAUGAGCCUGAGUAAAAGGACACAGUGGUUACUAAUACAGGAGCAAGACCUUUCGUUUUGUGUAUCUUGACUCCAAAGCGGGUGUACUUUUCACUCCCAUUAUCCUGAUGUUUAGCAAAUCAAGCCUCGUAAUGAUCCAUUUUUUUAUUUAUUUCAGUUCUGCCAAUGAAAGAAAAAUACCUUUUAAUCCCAGGGAAAGGAUUGCAGUCACCACAAAAUAAGGUAGAUUUUGGCUUGGAAUACAGGACGCUAAAUGCUAGAAGAGAAAAGUAGUUUGGCAAAUACGGCAGAAGUUCAAGGAUAAGCACUUGCCUCCGAUUUAACAGGGUAAUUAUGAUUUGUCUUUUAACAUUCUUUUAAAAUACUGUAAUCCAUGGAUGUAUAAAUAGGUACUUCUCAGGUUUUGUUUUUUGUUUUCCAUCCCUCAGAUUUAGAGACAUUUAAUACAAAUUCUUCAUAUUUGGGAAUCUGGACUGGUGAACAAAUACUUUGUUACUGGUGAGAGUUCUUAUUUUGGGGGGUUGACUUAUCCAGAGUAAAUUAGCAUUUAGGUUCAUGGAUUUGGCCAGCUGUUACCUUCUAUAGGGCUGUAAGCUUUGAUCCUAAUGGCUGGUUGGUGAUCAUUAUAAUCUUAGGGCCGGUGGCUGUAGCUCAUAAUGAUAAUAAAGAAUCUGAUUCUUUUAGGAAACAGGACUUAAAAGUUUAUUUGAUCAGACAUAGUUCAUUUUUUAUAAAUAGCUCAUAUACCAUGAAAUGUUUCCCAGUGUGGUGAAGCACACAAGAUGUAUUUUUUCCCUCUGGUGAAAAUCAUGCCUAUUACUACAAUAAGUUUGACAGUUAUAAUACUUAAAAUAGUAUUGGGUGUAUGGCAUGGCAUUGAUGAAAAUUAGUCCUUAUGGCUACUUGUUAGUCAUAGAGAAAUCUUGGAGAAGGGGACAAAAUUGGUAUCACUAACACAGAACAGUGACUUGCUUCUUCUUUCAACUAACUUUACUGGUAAUUGUCUCUAGUCCUUAAGUAAAUUAACGGUGGACCAUCCCUCAAGUAGAGAACUUUGCAAAUAUAAAACAAGUCUGAGGGCUUUUAACCAUGGGGGGAGAAGGUGUUGAUACUAUUCAUAUAGUAUAACCUGAGGUUGGAGAGGACCACUGGGGAGCCUGUAAACAAAACUAGAAGGUAAUUUCUAAGAUGGAUGGAGGUUCCCUUGAAGCAGUGCCAGCCUAAAUCUACCUCAGGUAAGUAGUUAGAGUGACUUUUUCAAGAUUUCAGACCAAAUGAGAUAAAUUGUAUGCAGUCAGUGUAUUCCUAUGCUUUAAUGCUUUUGUUUUCCCUCAAUUCUUAAUAAACAUUUGCUCUGAAAAACUCCA